CCGACGGGUCCAACUGGAUCUCGUUCGGCUCUAUUUGUAAGGGCAUUCCAUCCUUUUCUAUUUGAGCAAGCCGCCGUUUUUUCGCCUCCCUAUAAAAAUUCGGCACCGUCGAAGAAGGUUAGGGAUCCGCCCUCUGCAUAAUCUUUCUCCGUUUGUUCUACGAGAUCGGACCUUGCUCUGCGAAAAAGUUGAUAUUUUUACUCGUGGCGGAUUCGCCUUCGCCAAGAUAUCUUUCCCAAUGGCGUGGUUUAGAGCGGUCUCAGGAGUCGCUAGGUCACUAGUCAGAAGAAACAUAGCUCGAUCACCGCAUCUGAUUUCGAGGGCCGGACAAGUGCCCCAUCCGCCAUCCCGGGGUUUCCGCACUGGUGCCCCACUGUGCAAGCCUGAGUCGACUGCCUCGACCCCUCUUCCUGUGCCGCUUUCCAGGAUGUCAGAUAGUUUUCUCGAUGGUACUAGUAGUGUCUACUUGGAGGAACUGCAGCGGGCCUGGGAAGCCGACCCCAGCAGCGUCGAUGAGUCGUGGGAUAAUUUUUUCAGGAACUUUGUAGGCCAAGCUGCCACCUCGCCGGGUAUCUCUGGCCAGACUAUCCAGGAGAGCAUGCGGCUGCUUCUGCUGGUCAGGGCCUACCAGGUCAAUGGCCACAUGAAGGCUAAAUUGGAUCCUUUGGGAUUGGAAGUGCGUGAAGUCCCUGAGGAUUUGGAUUUGGGUUUCUAUGGAUUCUCAGAGGCGGACUUGGAUAGGGAGUUCUUCCUCGGUGUCUGGAGGAUGGCUGGCUUCUUGUCGGAGAAUCGCCCUGUGCAGACCCUCCGUGAAAUCUUGAACAGGCUGGAGCAGGCAUAUUGUGGGAACAUUGGAUAUGAGUACAUGCACGUCCCUGAUAGGGAGAAGUGCAAUUGGUUGAGGGACAAAAUUGAGAUGAUGAAACCGCUGGAGUAUAGUCGAGAACGUCGUGAGGUCAUUCUUGAUCGACUCAUUUGGAGCACUGAAUUUGAGAACUUUCUGGCUACCAAGUGGACUGCUGCAAAGAGGUUUGGCCUUGAAGGUGGGGAAACCCUGAUUCCAGGGAUGAAGGAGAUGUUCGAUAGAGCAGCUGACAUGGGGGUGGAGAGUAUUGUUAUUGGGAUGUCUCAUAGAGGAAGGCUAAAUGUGUUGGGCAAUGUUGUGAGGAAGCCUUUGCGCCAGAUUUUCAGUGAAUUCAGUGGUGGCACAAAACCUGUGGAUGGGGAAGUAGGAUUGUACACUGGAACUGGUGAUGUAAAGUACCAUUUGGGUACUUCAUAUGAUAGGCCAACUAGAGGUGGAAAAAGGAUUCAUUUAUCCUUAGUUGCAAAUCCAAGUCAUUUGGAGGCUGUUGAUCCAGUUGUAGUUGGGAAGACACGAGCAAAACAAUACUACUCUAAUGACAUUGAUAGGACAAAGAACAUGGGUGUAUUGAUCCAUGGGGAUGGAAGUUUUGCGGGACAGGGUGUUGUUUAUGAGACUCUACAUCUUAGUGCACUCCCCAACUACACUACUGGUGGAACAAUUCACAUUGUAAUUAAUAAUCAGGUUGCAUUCACGACUGAUCCUAGGUCUGGAAGGUCUUCUCAGUACUGCACUGAUGCUGCCAAAGCCUUGAAUGCUCCUAUAUUUCAUGUAAAUGGAGACAAUAUGGAAGCAGUUGUUCAUGUUUGUGAACUUGCAGCUGAAUGGCGACAAACAUUCCAUUCUGAUGUAGUGGUUGAUAUUGUUUGCUACAGACGAUUUGGACAUAAUGAGAUCGAUGAACCUUCCUUCACACAACCUAAGAUGUAUCAGGUCAUUCGAAAUCAUCCAAGUGCCCUUGAAAUUUAUCAAAACAAACUUUUGGAAUCUGGACAAAUUGCUAAAGAGGAUAUUGAGAGAAUCCGCAACAAAGUUAAUAAUAUCUUGAACGAAGAGUUCAUAAACAGUAAAGACUAUCUUCCCAAGAAGAGGGAUUGGCUCUCAGCAUAUUGGACAGGAUUUAAGACUCCAGAGCAAAUUUCACGCAUUCGGAACACUGGAGUUAAACCUGAGAUUUUGAAAAGUGUUGGACAAGCCAUUUCAACUCUUCCAGAAAAUUUCAUGCCUCAUAGAGCGGUGAAAAAGAUUUUUGAGCAACGUGCUAAGAUGAUUGAAACUGGGGGAGGCAUUGACUGGGCAAUGGGAGAGGCACUUGCUUUUGCAACGCUUAUUGUUGAAGGAAAUCAUGUGAGGCUUAGUGGCCAGGAUGUCGAAAGAGGUACAUUUAGUCAUCGCCAUUCAGUUAUUCAUGAUCAACAAACAGGAGAGAAGUACUGCCCUUUGGAUCAUAUUCUGAUGAAUCAAAAUGAGGAGUUGUUCACUGUCAGCAAUAGUUCACUAUCAGAGUUUGCUGUUCUUGGAUUUGAAAUGGGAUACUCCAUGGAAAAUCCCAAUUCAUUGGUAUUGUGGGAAGCUCAGUUUGGUGAUUUUUCAAAUGGUGCUCAGGUAAUGUUUGACCAGUUUUUGAGCAGUGGAGAAUCCAAAUGGCUUCGUCAAAUUGGGCUAGUUGUUUUACUUCCCCAUGGUUAUGAUGGUCAAGGUCCAGAACAUUCCAGCUCACGACUGGAGCGCUUUCUCCAGAUGAGUGAUGAUAACCCUUAUGUCAUUCCUGAGAUGGAACCAACUCUCAGAAAACAGAUCCAGAAUUGUAAUUGGCAAGUUGUCAACGUUACAACCCCAGCAAAUUAUUUCCAUGUUUUGCGUCGUCAGAUUCAUAGGGAGUUCCGCAAGCCUCUGAUUGUGAUAGCUCCUAAGAACCUAUUACGGCACAAGGAUUGCAGAUCAGAUUUAUCCGAGUUUGAUGAUCUUGAAGGUCACCCAGGUUUCGAUAAGCAGGGCACACGUUUUAAGCGCCUGAUAAAGGACCAAAAUAAUCACAAGGAGGUUGAGGAGGGUGUCAACCGUCUCAUUUUGUGCUCUGGAAAGGUCUACUAUGAACUUGAUGAAGAAAGAAAGAAGUCAGACCGCAAGGACAUUGCUAUCUGUAGAGUUGAACAACUUUGCCCAUUCCCCUAUGACCUGAUCCAAAGAGAACUUAAGCGUUAUCCAAAUGCUGAAAUUGUUUGGUGUCAGGAAGAGCCAAUGAACAUGGGCGCAUACAGUUAUAUCAGUCCUCGGUUAUAUACUGCAAUGAAGGUAAUAAAUCGUGGUAACUUUGAAAACAUCAAAUAUGUAGGAAGAGCACCUUCUGCUGCAACAGCAACAGGUUUCUCCACUGUUCAUGUACAAGAGCAAACUGAGAUUAUGCAGAAAGCAAUGCAGCCUGAGCCGAUCAAUUAUCCUUGUUGAAAGCACUUUGAUUCACCUCACUUCACCUCACCUUUAGCAAAUAAGAUGUGCUUGCCUGAGUUUUUAUGAUGUGUUUCAGGUAAGGAGCUCAUGCUCAAGAGUGAUUAUUGAGCUUUCAAAAAGUUGAGUUUUUGUUUUUAUGUCAUUCCCUCAAGUAGUUGUGGAUGCUGAUUUAGUUCGGCAUUUGCUGAUAUUUUGUUUGUUUACCAAUACCCAGUCACUACUGGCAACUUAAUUUCUUACCUCAGAAAGGGCAGUGAUCUUGUUGUCUUCGCAUGGGGCAACUCUCAUUAUUGAGUGACAACCAUUUUGUUAUUAUUUUUUAA